AUGCGUUGUGGAUACCAGCCGAGGCACAUCAGAUCGCUAUAGUAUGGCGAGCCUUGUAACUUGCACGCUUUGGAGAAUCUGCACUGCAUGUUCAUUGGCGAGGGAUGCCUAAGGUAGACUCAUCGUUUUCAAGCACUGUGAUGCCAAGACCAGUUUCCUUGACCAGUAAGUUCCAACGGCAAGACCUCUCGGCUUCACCAACGCAGUGCUUACCGUUGACUACUGGAUUACUCUUCCAGUCCGCUACAUAUAUGAGCAUGCGCAAGGUGAAAUGACCAUCUAUCUCUCCCCUUUCCCUCUCCCCCCUUUCCCUCUCGAUAAGUUGUAACCAUCCCCUUCUCCAGGUAACGUCGCUACAGAGGCUCUGACCCAAACUUCAGCUAUGAUGAAAACCCUCCCAAGCCCCAACCACCUGGUCGCCAUCUGGGCUGGCGUCUUCCCACUAUCCGACGCCAAUGGACCUCCCCAGCAGUGGAUCGACCUUCACUCGAAAUCAGUCAUCUACAAUGAUCACGCCUUUCGUGUUCAGCGCAAAGGUCACGCCGGCAUAGCGGAUCACGUCGGGAUGUGGAAGCAUGCAAACCCUAACUUCGAGAUGCAUGUCGAGCUCGUGUGGCCGGAGCUGAAGAAGGAUGGCAAAUUUUAUGUGACCUUUUCCUUCGUCGGGACCGGAAAGUACGCGAACAACUUGACUAGCCAUUUCAAGGCUAGCGGAAAGACUUUUCGCUAUCAGGGAAGGUUGGAUCUCACAAUUAAUGAGGAUGACGGGCUGAUUGAGGUUGUGGAUGAGUAUUAUCCCUUUCACUUCGAUGCGGGGACCUCGGUUGAGGAGUAUCGGAAGCAAGAGGAAGACAACUAAUCGAAGCCCUCAAGUACUUACUACUUGUCUCUGGAUAGCGAGCCAAUGCGUUAACACAGCAAAGUAAAC